UAAAGUCACGUGUUCUUGAACGAAGCGUGCUUAGUAAAUUCGCUUCAUGACAUGAUAUAUAGCGCCUUUUAAAGAAUCAUUAAAAAUAUUAUUGCAAUGGAGGAUUACAUGAAUGAUGACAAUAAUUCGAAUGCGGGUAAUUCAAUUUCCCGCCAAAAUCCCUAUAAAAUGGAACAGAUAACCUUCGAGGUGUUUCUAUUGGUUAUAAUCCUGGUCGGCAAUAUCACUGUUCUCACGGUUAUCAUCGUUGAGGGUCAGAAGUCAAGGAUGCAUUUCUUCAUCAAAAACUUGGCUGUGGCAGAUUUGCUCUGUGGAGUAUUUUAUGUGAUUCCACGAAUUGUUAUACAUGUUAAUGAUGGAGCAUUUUAUGGUGGGAACACACUGUGUAAAUUACAAGAGUUUCUAUCGAACAUUGGAAUUUAUGGAUCCAACAUGAUUAUGAUAGCCCUGAGUAUUGAUCGCCUACACAUCCUGGUCAGACCUUUGGGCACCCUUGCAAGUAGAGGAAGAAAUCCUACAAUAAUAUGCCUCUUUUGUUGGGUGGCAGCCGUCAUCGUCUCUGUGACAGGACCCAUUGUUUUUGAAUUCGUAGAGGAAUAUAAGGCCUGUGAUCUAAUUCUGGAUCUUUCUGAAUUGAAGAUCUAUUUCACCGUCAUCUUCGUCUUCUUGUUUGUUAUCCCCACAAUCAUCAUCGUCGGGUGUUACUCUACGAUAGCCGUCAUAAUAUGGAGGGUCUCAGCUAGAAAUGAAGGUAUUCAGAUGAAAGAUAAUCCCUCUGGAAGCAGAAAAAAUUCAAGACUGCUGUCCUCAAGACAAAGUAGCACAUCCUCUGGAUCAGAGCAUGAUGAUUCAAACUCGUCAAUAUCCAGAGCCAAAAUGAAGACCAUUCGAAUGACAUUUAUCAUUGCAAUGGCAUUUGUGUGUUGUUGGGCACCCUAUAUGCUUUACAACUUACUUGCUGUAUAUGGUCAACUUCCAAACACACCAGGAUGGCAACCAGUUGGAAUAUUCAUCGAGGGUCUUUUGCCUUUGAAUUCUGUCGUCAAUCCUGUGAUCUAUGGCGUAUUCAGCAUACGUGUCUGCAAACAGUGCAGGAACCGUGUAAACAGAAAGUUAUCAACAACAAGGUCGACGCGGAAAACGGACCAGUUGUUCCUGUAGGCAGAGAGUUCUUAUAAAGAAGCCAAAAGCUUAUCAUACAUGUAUUGCAACAAUGAGGAUAGGAUUCCCUGCUUGAGAAAAGGCUUUACAACAAAUUUCUGUUUAAAUAAAUUAUUUUAUUGUACAUUUUUAAUUUUCCUUUAAUGAAUGAUGACUGACUACAAACCUGCGGACAAUCUGUUGCGGUUGUGAUUUGAAAGAAUGUAAAAAUUAUACAGUUUUGUUCAAGAAUAUGACAAGCAUUUGUAUCAUUG